AUCUAACCAGAUUGACACUAAUGUCAGACAUAUUAGAAAAGUCAUUAGACGAGAUAAUCGGAGAGAAGAAGAAAGAUCCACGUCGUGGACCCCGCCCUGGUCCACCUCGUCGAUUCAGAGGAGGUCAUGCUUCAUUUUCCAGAGGCGGUGGUGCACAACAUGGCAAGAUUCACAAACAAAGACCAGCAGGACACCAUGGACAUCCUAAGAGACUCAACUACUCUUCAUUGCCUAGAGACAUUGCCUCGCUUGCUGGAUCCAGACCAGUAUUGCGUGUGAAGAACAUCCACCCCGAUUUGAAUGGGGAAGACUUGUCUCAGUUGUUUGGCAAUAUAUCUCCAGUUGACUUUGUCAAGUUUGAUGCCGAAAAUGAUUCCAACGCUUAUGUUUGUUUCCACAAUGAUAACGCCAAGAAUAAUGCAGAAGCAAUUGAAAAGUACGAUGGUAAGAAAGCCAUGGGAAAGAUAUUAAUUGUGGAAAAUGCAGUUUCAUUGGCUGAUCGUAUAUCGAGCCUUCCAGUAAGACGACAACCAGUAACUCCUGCUGCUUUGAAACAUCAUAAAAAGCCAGUUGGCAAAGGUAGAAGAAGGAGUAAACCUUCCGUGGAAGAUUUAGACAAGGAAUUGAACGCUUACAUGAAUGCUGAUGCAGAUCAACCAAGUGAUGCUAUGAAUGUCGAUUAAAAACAAUUAAAACGUAUAAACACUAUAUAUAUAAAUGUAAUAAUAAACAAAUAUAACUU